AUGUCAAAAUUUGAAAUCUUAAUUGCUGGUACGGGAAAAACAGAAUCGGUUAAGGUCCUUGGUGUACAACUUGGAAGAUUUGACCUUUUCGUUUCUGAUAAAAUCAAAGAGUUCACUACUCUUUCAGGCUUUUCUAAACUUACUAAACAUAUCGAAGCUAUGCGUUCAUUGAUUACUAUUUCUGGUCAUAGUGGUCGUAUUGAUAAUGAAUUUGAUAAGCGUCUAUUAGAAUGUUUUGUUAACAGCUUAUUCACGUCAGCUGCCUAUGAACUUGAAUAUACACUUGUCGAUGUUGAAGGCUCUGACAACUUGGUUACACCAGAAGGUAGUAAAAUAGAUCAUUUUAUGAACUGGGUUAAUAAACUUCCUGAAAGACAGCCACCUGUUUGGUUAGGAUUGUCAAGUAACGCUGAAAAAGUAUUGUUCACAAGCAAAGGUUAUGCAAUGCUUUCUAAACUUCGUAAUAUGAAAAGUUUGUCUGAUGAUGAUAAAGUCGCAUAUACACAAGAAACAAGUUCUAGUAUCUGCCUGGAUGCGUGUUCUUUACAGUUGCAUUCUUCUCAAGAAAAUAUGUCAAGACUCAAGGAAGUUUGCGAUGGUGAACUUAAACAAAUUAAUCAUUUGCGUAUAUUAUUGAAUUGCUUAACGAAAGCAGAAUUUAAGAGUCAUUUACAACAACUUGAAAGCAUUACUAGCGAGUCUCAUUAUGGAGAUUAA